AACCAUGGCCAUUGCGUGAGAAGCAUCCCAAAGACUUCCGAGUGACGCCAAUAAUACCCUUGCCUUUUCUCCCUUCUCUCCCUCUCACCCUUUAUAAACAGAUUUCUGUGUACGAUUUGGUGACUCACUGCAACGGCAUGGAGGAUAGUUUCAGAGUGCGAGUAGAGAGAGCCUUUGGUUCUCUUCCAAUACCCUCUUCUUCUAUCAACUCUCUGUGGUCUCUCACCGAAGACGAAAUCGAUAACGCACGCUCCAAACGAACCCUCCAACCCCAACCCUACCCUUUUUCCAGUUCGCGGGUUCAGCCGGAGGACCUAGACGAUCUUGAAGACGACGACGUCGACGAAGAAGCACCACGUGGACCCUCUAAACCCCCCGAUUACGAUGAUGAACAGUGGCAGAUUAGGUCUGGUAUUGGCCAAGAUUGCACCCUCGAUUACGAGGAAGAGGAAGAUCAAUAUGACAAACAGGCUAUUGGGAAAGAGGAUUCGGGUGAUCGUGUGUACAUGAAGGAUGUAAAGGACGAUGGAGUUGAGAUUAGUUCUAGCAGUGUUUUCCCCACCUCGUUUAGAGAUUUUGUGCGAGAUCCGCGUGCAAAUCAUUUGGCUGCAAGGAUUAGGCUGAAGCAGGAUGAUGAAGCCGCUAAAAAGAUUGAUGCUCUACAUGUCUCUGAGAAAUCCACACCAGACGUAGGCAGUGGCGGAGAUGUUACUAAUCCCAAGUCAAUUUUGAAGAGUAAGGAUAAUUCUGGGGAGUCCAGGCCUCAGAAACGGGUUCGGUUUGACCCUGAAUGUGAUGAUAAAGAUAAUUAUGAUGAUGAUGGGCACGAAGAAGCUAGGGAUGUUCGCAUGAAGACCUCUUCAAUGGAAGAGGUUCCUGCUUCGGACCAGUUGUCAAAGUCACAAGAAUUUAAUUUAGCAGUUCCGGAUUACAUUCGAAAUCCUUCCAGAUACACUCGAUAUACCUUUGAUGAUUCUCCUAGUGAAAUGGAUGACAAAUCAAACAAGGAAGCAUACAUGAGCUUCCUUUCGCAGUUGAAUAAGGGAACUGCAUCUCAAGCGGAUGAUGUUCUGGAUGAUCUUCCAUCUGUGACCUUUAUAUCAAAGAAGAAAUCCGGUGAUUCCUGUAUGCGUGACAGUGAGAUGGUUUCAAAGCACAAGCUUGAUGAUGGCGCCGUGAAUAGAAUAAGCUUCCCUGUUGGCAUUGCUGCUGGUGACUCUGAAAACAGUGACGUUUCUGCAAUGGAGGAGGAUGAACAAGAAGUUGGGGAUGUUAAAAAGAGCAUGCAGAAGUUCAACCGCAAGUACAGGAAGAAAACCCAAGAGGAGUUGGAGGAGCCAAUUGUGUAAUAUGAUGUAGUUAGUUAAGAAACCUGUGUUAUUUGCCAUAAUCAGACUUGUACCUUUUCCCCCUUUGUGUCUCUCAGACUAAUGGUCCCAUUCAUACAUUUGUUGAACGACAU